UUCUGUCUGCUUGGCAUCGGGUUCGGGUACAAAAUUUCUUAUUCAUCACAAAGUGCAGUCUGCGAUUAACUUUUGCCAGCGUGAAAAGUGACAAUAUUUUGAAAAUCAGCCCUAAAAGUUGUGCCGAAAGUUAAUUAAACUUGUGUAUUGAUUUACACACGAUCGAUUUUACAGACGGCCAACUUUCACUUCAUUAUCGAUUUGGGUUGUAAGUGAGUGAAAGAGAGGGAGACAGGGGGAUAAAAAGAAAUGUCUGGAAUCUGUGGUGAAGCAUUUGUUGUCCUGGCUCCAAUCACCGAAUCGGAUCAAACGAUUAUCUAUGGUCGGAAUGGUCUUCGGGAGCCGCCUUCGGACGAGUCUGCCGUUACUGAAGUUCGCUACUAUCCAGCUUCCGAGGAUAGCGGAUCUUUGAAAUGUGAUUCGGCUGAAAUUGACGGAGUGGCGACGUUGUCUGUGAUUUUGAGUCAACCAGCCGGCCUAUGGGGAGCGGAGAGUGGCUCAAAUGAGAAAGGUGUGAGUAUAGGAUUGACAUUCAGCGAUGGCCAUCCGUUAGAUGGCAAACUUAACGCAACUGAUCUGGUGAGAUUGGGUCUGGAACGUGGAGCUAGUGCAUCCGAUGCCAUAGACAUCAUGACGAAGUUAAAUGCUGCUUCGGGACCAGACGGCGAAAGUAAAGACGCCCCCAAAGCUGCUUUUGUAAUUUGUGAUCCCAGUGAAGCGUGGCUGUUGAAUAUUGUGGGAAGCUUGUGGGCGGCUCAUAAAAUCUCAACCAGCUGUUUAGCACUUACAUCGGGAUUGUCGGUUGGUUCAAAAAUUGACCGUAGCUCGGUGGAUCUGCACUCGAAACUCCAAGCAGCUGGUAUAUGGGAUGGUUCUGCUGAGCUUAACUUUAGCGCCGCAUUUGGUUCGGAAUCUGCGAGGGCAUGGCCCACUGGAGAACCAAACGGAGAAGGUACAUUCGGAUUGCUUCAGAUGUUCAAAACAUUGCGAACCGUAGGCGCGGAAAGAUUGUCUCUUUCAAGCCAAGUUUCGGUACUGUCGAGCAGCGGUCUUUCUUGCCAUUGGCUCACCGCUACUCCCAAUCCGGAAGAGUCGGUUUUCAAGCCUUUUAUUUUUACUUCGGGUGCGAAGAUUUCGCCUCUGACCAAACUUCUCGAAGGUGAGAAUCAAACUUUGCUCCACAAGCUGCACCAAAAUCGGAAAUGGGAGAAUGUGGGAGAAUUGCUUAUGUCGCUCGAACGCACUUGCGUCGAUGAGGUUAAUCGCUUUAUUGGCGAACACUCCGGAGAACCAAAUCAAGAGCUAGAUGAACUAAUGAAGGACUGUGUCGAGGCUGAAGUCAAGUUCUAUCGCUAAAUAUCGUUAAAAAUUAUUUCGGAAGUUACCGUUUGUAGGAAGCAGCAAAUCGCACUAUCACAGCGAACAAAGCGCUAUAUAAUAGCACACUGAUCUUGUAUUUUUACGACAUUCCUUAUAACGAAAAAUUAAGACUUGCUUGAGGUUUGAUUUCCACAAUACCAAAUUUAUAGAAUCGAAAGUAGAUAAACGAGGGCCACUACCAUAUAAAUGUAAAUCGGUUUAGAAUGACGAAAAGUAUAUUCCUUAUAGGCAGGAUAAUGUCUUUAGCGUAUAGGAAAUGUGCAGUGAAUAUCAUGAAGGAUUAAGUAAUUAAGUUUUUCAUUGGUUUGUUAUAUGCAUUGCAUUUUUAUCAGUAUGCUUAAAGCUGUGUUCAUUUUUACUGUGUUUAAACGUAUGUAUGUUAUUUGUAAUGCUCACGAGGAUUUCACAUUUAUAAUUAGUUCCAUUAUUCGUAAAACUAUGAUUUCAACGGCGUGAGAUCUCAUUUUAUUAAUUCUUAUUUAUUAAAAUUUCCACUAAUAGUUAAACUAUUUUACACUUGACCAGCACAGAGAAAUCGUAUCGUUUUGAGAUUGUAAUUUACACAAUAAUACAAUAAAUUCUGCAAACGUAUAUAGCAUCUAUCAGCCGUAUCAAACAUUCAAGUGUAUCCUUUCUCUCUGCUGCAACAAAUGCAACUAGAAACAAUAAAUACUCUAUCGAUGCAUGCGAAGCCAAUAAUAAAUUGAAUUACAAAAAUAAAAAUCUCCAA